AUGCCCCUCCUCCGCUGCAUACCCGUCCUGUGGCCGUCAACGGCCGAACUCUGGGCUGCUGCACAGGCCGUGGUCGAGGCAGAGGCAAAGGCGCUAGAAGAGGCUGAUGUCGAGCCGUGGGAGUCGACGUAUCGGGCAGAGCUUGCCGACAACGUGCCCGAGCCGCUCGACAUCGAUGAAGCCGUGCUGGGCACGCAUGCUCGCAAGGACGACGUCAUCGCUGGCUCGUAUGCCGAGCUUGUCCACGACGUCCCGCUCUCGGUCUGGCGCGACCGGCUCGGCCGUGAGCAGCUGGGCACCGCCACCACUGGCGCUAACGCCUUUGGCCGUAACGCCGGCUUUUCGCAGCCCAUCCACGAGUACGACCGCGCGUACACAAAGAUCGAAGAGGGCGCGCCGCCGCCGUCAACCGCCUCGGCGUCCAACCCGAUCAAGUACGCGGCAUGA